AUGGAGCGAAAACAAUGCUCGCUUUUUUUUAGAGACUGCUGCAAAGAAAGGAAUGAAGCGCCUCAGAAAAGCAACGACCAGGCGAAUGAACACGAUGAAAUGUACUACGAAGGAGAACCCCAGCAAGUAUACGAACAGAGGGAAGAAAGACCAGUUAUAAAUGUAAAAGGAGACCAGCCAGUCUUUAACAUACCAGUAUAUCAAGACAAGUAUAUCAGAGACAAAAUAAUCGAAACGAAAAAAUAUGAAGUCCAAGAUGUCCUACAACCAAAACAUUACACACAAGAAACUAAGCAUGAUGUACCAACAGUUGAGUUGCUAUUUAAAGAAAGAAAAGUAAACAUACCUCAAGAGAAAGUAGAAGAAAAACCAGUGGAAGUUGAUAUGCCAAUAGGAUAUACCCCUAUAUUCUCCCCCAUUUGGGAUGUCCGAGAGAUACCUAGGGUCAUACCAAAAUAUCAAGGAGAGCAAAAAGUAAUUCAAGUGGAAGUGCCUCAAAUUAAAUACAUAGACAAAUUUGUGGAGAAAGAAAUUAUCGUUGAUGUAAAAGAAAAAAUAAUUCCUAAAAUUACUGAAGUGGAAAAACAGGUUGAUAUUGUUAAAUAUGAGUGGAAGGAAAAAUAUCAAGACGUCCCUGUUUGUAAAUAUGUUCCUAAGAUAGACAUCGAAUUGGAUUGCCCACCGCCACUCAUUGUGCCUUACCCGGAGGUUCACUUUCAAAACAUGUCCGAGGUUGUGAACCCUAACCAGCGAGCUGCAGAUAUCCCCCCAGAGAUACUCCUCAGGAAUAGCUCCUUCUUCAAGGAUGGGUAUGAAAACGGAGGGGGGGUAAAGGAGGAGCAAGAGAAGAAGGAGGGCUACAGCUUUCUUGGAGAGUAUGAACGCGGACCCUACGCGAGCACAUCCAACACGCACGUGGAUGCUUUGGUGAAAAAGUCCCUCCUGGACGUUGCACGGCUCACCUCACAAAACGGCAAAGGCGAAACGCACCGAAGGAUGUCCCAACCGCUAACCCAAAUGGAAUUAAAAAAGAAAAAGAGAAGCAACAAAUGGCCCUUUUGCAACUUUAACAACUGUAAGGAAGUAGAAGAAAAGAACCCCUUGGAAGACUGCGACCCCAAGACUGGUUACCCCCUAUCCAUGCCUAAAGACUUUGCUGCAUUUUUUGAAAAGGAUUUGAAUACGGUUAAGAAGCAAAUGGGACAGUAUAAAGAUAGUAAGUCCACCCAAUCUAGUAACCUCAUGGAGAAGAGUCCCGUCAAUCCUACUAUAGAAUAUUUGGGAAAAAUUGACAAGCCACCCAUUGAUGGAGGAAAAUUAGAUUCUAUCUCUUUUAAGUUGCAUGCUAUCGAAGUGCAUCAGUUCAUUCCUGUACCAAGUCUUGCUAAACCUCAAUUUUUGGAUCUAGUACCCCCAGAACAGGUUCAGAAUAAUGAUAUUUCAUCUCUUCAAAAUGUGUUUGGACAAGUUCCCGAAGGAUGGGUAGACCCAAAUAUCACCGGGUUCAUUGCGCCCAUGAUGUAUGACGUGUUGCAGGGGAAUGUCCAGCCACAGAGUCCUUUAUUUAACAAACUCAGCAUGGUGAAAGACGAGAGGGGAUUAUCCUACCCUUCUGUGCGUGCCACUAGAGAGAGGGAAAACACCGGUGGCAGCUACAAACAUGGCAUGAGUUUGCAACGCGGCGGAGCAGAGGACACCCUCCCAAGCGCCGAUCAGUACGAACAGCUACGCAUAGAAAAUACGCAUGGGUCCACAAACAGCUUCGUCCACUACAAUACCAAUUCGUCCCUCAACUACACCAAUGAAAACGACGAAUCGUAUGAAACAGUGAUGAACUGA